GCGUAAAAUAGCCUCCUAAGCCUCCCAAGAUUUGACCUAGUCAGCAUAAAGAAUCUAGCUACUCAACUAAGGAAUGUCAUAAAUUCUUUGAUGUGUAUUUUAGUAGAAGCUAUGUGGUCUGGAAGUAGGUGUCAUUGGUUGCUUUUUUGGCAGUGUACAGUCUAUAUUUCAAUAUUCAAGUAUUCUGAGAAGCCUACUGAUCACUUGAUUGGUUAGCUUGUUUGCUCAAACGAUUCUUACAGAUCUGCCCAGGAAGUGGUAAACAGGGCGAGAGUGUAGAACGAAAAACCUCGUAACAAACGGCAGGGAAGUUGUGAAAUUGUGUCUUUCAAGAGUUGUAUGUGUCAACGACGUCUAUGAUCUUCAGUUUCUGUUGAAAUAGUCCAUGGGAAAUACAUAUGAUCGAUAAGAUACGUUUCACCGACCAAGAUGGGUAGAAAUGGCGGGGUUUGUUUUAUUUUUUAGCCUUCCUGCUAGGCAGACAAGUUUUUAAGCGAACGGGUCAGCAGGUAGAAAACUGAAGCAAUAAUUAUUCAACCCCGAUCACAUUGGUACAAAGUAAAGUUGUUGGACGAGUAGGCUAUUGCAACUAUUUUUUAUUUAAGUGUUUACUUGUUUUUCUCUCAACUGCCUCCUGGGUCCUACGAACAUGACGCCCGACCUCCUUAACUUCAAGAAGGGAUGGAUGUCAAAACUGGAUGAGAAUGGAGAGUGGAAGAAGCACUGGUUUGUGUUGACCGAUGCUGGUCUGAGGUACUACAGAGACUCUGGGGCGGAGGAGAAGGAUGAUCUGGACGGGGAGGUUGACCUGAAGUCUUGUGUAAAAGUGUCUGAGUUUGAUGUAGAGAAGAACUAUGGAUUUCAAAUACAGACGAGGGAGGCAGUUGUCACACUGUCAGCUAUGACUGCAGGGAUCAGGAGGAACUGGAUUGAGGUUCUGAGGAAGAGUGUUCGGCCCAGCAGCUCUCCAGACCUUACACAACUGCCUGACAGCAGUAGUGACAAGGAGAACUCUCGCUCCCUGGCCUCCACUCAUCGACCACCUUCUCGCCACGGUGAUGCUGGAUCAGAAAUCACCACCUCUGUACGCCGAUUUGACUGUGUUGAACUGUCACCAGUGCCCAUCCCCUCCAGCCCUCUGCCAGCCACUCAGAGAGAGGCAGGGGAGGGGCAGGGCAGGGAGCACGCCCAAUGGCAGGAGGAGAGGAGCAGAGAUGUGACCAGUAGCACAUGGGAGCAGGUGCUGUCGAGGAAAGGGCCGGGUGUAGGCUCAGACCCCAGGAUAAGAGCAGAGGAGGAAAUUGAGAAAAAGUGGGCAGAGUUUGAGCGGCUGCCACUAAAGGAGAUGAGGUCACUACUGCCAAUGGGCUCACGGUCCAGCCAUCCAGCCAAUGAGGCGCUGCAGAGGGAGGUAGUGGCGUCUCUGAGGCAGCAGCUGGAGCGUUUGCAGGGAGGAGGGUGUGGUGGGGGGAGGGUGGGGGGAGGUAGCUGUGGUCGGGAGGCUACGUGCGGCCGCAGCCUUCAGGCCAUGGAGCGGGCCCACAAACAGGUCCUGGAGGAGCUGCAGAAGCAGCAUGCCCGCGAGACCCGAGAGCUGGAGAGGGACCGGGACCGGGUACUGAGGGAGGAGACCCAGGACACAGCAAAAGUUAUGGAGACACUGAAGAAGGCCCACAAGGAGGAGCUGGAGAGAGAGGUGGAGAAGGCAAAGAGGCUUGGUGGAGGGAGUGCCAACACACAGACCCUACGCACACAGCAGCAGUUAGAGACCCAGGCCCUGCAGAGGGAGCUGUCUGGCCUGUCUGAGAGGUACUCCCAGAAGUGUCUGGAGCUGAACAGGGCUGAGCAGAGUAACGGGGAGAGGGAGAAAGACAUUACUUGCAAGGAGAGCGAGCUGGAGCAGCUGAGGAAAGAGAACCAGGACCUACAGGCCCGUUUGACAGAGGAGAUCAGCCGCAUGCGCUCCAUUGUCACGGGCCAGGGGUCGGAGGGUGUUUCCCAUAACAACCAGGACAGGCCGUCCUGUGAGCUGGAGGUUCUUCUCAGGGUGAAGGAGAAUGAGGUGCAGUACUUGCACAAGGAGAUCAGCUGUCUGAGGAACGAACUUCAGUUCCUGAACACGGAGAAGCAGUCGGCCUGUGAGCGGUAUAAAGAGGUGCACGGGGAGCUGAGUGGUAUGAAGCGCAGGAGCGAGCGGGAGAUCCAGAGCCUUAGGGAGCACCUGAGAUUGGCCAUGGUUGCCCUGCAGGAGGGCCAGAAACUAGGCAACAGCCUGGAACACUGAGACACCGCCUCAAGGGCUGCUCAGAGACACAGAGGUAUAGCCGUAGCUCAUUAUUAAGAGAUACAUACUCAUGCUCACACAACUUUGAAAUAGUUGAUUACAUUGAUCUUCUAUGAUGAAACUGUAAUUGCCUAAUUUUGGGGGGUUUUCUAGUUGUGUGGGCACAAUGGUGACUGAAAUAGGAGAGGAGCAGAAGUCUUCGCACCAGAAGAUGCCGGCUCGGGGGAUCACGAUAGUGCCUUAGCUUUCAAUCAUUCAGCCGAUGAGCGGCAUAGACUAGUAUCAGCUGAUCGGUCAUAUUACACUGGGUUGAACAAAUUUUUAUCUGCACUUUUUAAACUUUUUUCUGUUGUUGAUGUGCGAGAGUGAGUGCAUGAAAAUAUUGGUCUGAGAAACUGGAUUAUUUGUGGAAAGACUGUUGCUGUGAUGUAUUUGUGACCUGAAACAGCACUGGAUUACCUUUCUCUGCAUACCUACCUACAUGUAGACCUACUAUUUACAUGUUGACAGUAGCCAACAUAUAAACAGUUGGUCUACAUGUUGGCUACUGUCAAAAGCUGAAUAAGGAAGCAGGAUAUAAUUCUCGCCAAAAACAAAACUAUUUUCAUUUGAGCGUGGAUUUGUACAGACUGAGUCAUUCCAUGCCAUUUCAGCAAGCCAUGACACCCACCAUCUCAAGAUUGUUCCAAAAUAGUUUCUGUAAUUGGCAACGGGAAAGAUUGACAUUCCUGAAACAUUAUUUUGUUGAAACUUAAUUUGAUCUCUGAGAAAGGUAAGUGAUUGCACCCAAAUUGGAUUUUUUAUUUAUUUAUAGGAUUCAAAUUUGGACCAAACUUCUUCCUACUAAUGAGUAAGACAUGACGAAUCUAAUAACAUUGUCAAAAGCCACCCGCAGACUCACCACACAACACAUCACAUGCCAAUCCAACCUCAACAACCAGUAGACAGUAUCAGUUCUUUAUGUUUUAACAAGUAGUAUGAAGUUGCUGCUUGGAGUACUGCUUCUCCAUACUAUGUAAUGUAUUCCCUAUGAAUCUGGUGCUGAUUUUUUUUUUUUUAUCCCCUUCAGAGAAAUGAGUAAUUGAAGUUACUUGCAUUAUUUACCAUAAAGUAGUGUGAAAGUACUAGGUUUUGACCACUAGAUGCCGUGGUCCUGCUAUACUGCCGCACUCAUCAAUUUUUCUGGUCUCUUGUGUUUAUUGAAUAGAUCACAACAUUUCCUUUGCAACUUUGUAAACACAACCAAUAGAUUUGGCUCAUUAUGAAAACACAUUAUGUGGUCAUCCUCGAUUUCAAGCCAGUCCUCUAUGAAAGCAAUUGAGUUUGUCAUUUUAUGCUUAAUGUGUCCAGGAAACUGCCCCCUUGUGAGGUUUAUUCCCUUCAAAAAAGGUCUGGAUUAGUUCCUGUUAGACCAUAACUGGUGAACAAGAAAAACAUUUAAGCUAUAGCAGUUCUAAUGGUUUCAAUAUUAUGGUCUUCAAUGGUUUAAGUCUCAAACAUACAGUGUAUAGUGUUUUGUAAUGGUAUUGGAUUGGAUUUAAUGCUAGAUUUCACUAAUCACAAUGCUGUUUCCUAAUAAUUUUAUUGAAAAACAUGACUGCAAUGUAUUUUAUUAGGGUUGUCACAUUUUAGUCCCUAGCCCAUUUCUCCAAAGUUUUGGACUUGUAGAAGAAGUAUUCAUAUGAGAAUUGCACCAUAGGGAUAGCUCUCUCAGAAAGCUGCCACUUAUUGGAAUAUUCAAGGAACUUGUUGAACAUAACUGAAACUAUACUAGAUGUUGGAGUGGUAUUGGCAUUUUUUGGGGCCUUACUCAUUGGUAGGAAGAAGUUUAGUCCAAUUUGGGCACAAUCAAUUAGCUUAAUUUAUGAGAUCAAAUUAUAUAUUAACAAAAUAAUGUUUCAGGAAUGCUAAUCGUAUCUCUUACAAAUAUCUACAUAAACAAUUUUAGGACCGUUUGAGACGGUGUGUUUCAAGCCUUUUUCUUGUGCUUUUUGAGGUGGAACAACCUUAAUGUUGUAUAUCAACAAUGGUUUCUCGGUGAUUGUCAUUGUACGCAUUUUACUUCGCAAACCAAUUUGUAUCUUUAUUCAGUGUAAUAUAUCAUCUUACAAUGUGGGUCGCCAUUGUGAAGUUAAACUUUAUAACAAUUUACCAUUGGGAUUGAUACAGAGAAAGUGGUUUGGUACUGUAAAUUCCUGGGAAGCCAACUUGGAAAUCACUCAUUCCUCUGUGUAGAUACAAGUCAUUUGAAUGUGUGCUUUCUGUUUCAUAUAGUGCCUUCUGUGACUGGAGAAUUGCAUGUAGAAGUUCGAUGAAAUGUCGUCUUGCAAGGAUUUUUGAUGAGGCUAAGAAGAUGCAUGUUGCGAUCCUUUCCCAACCUCCGAACAUUGUGUAGGCAUGAUUGUUUGUGCCACAAAAUGUCUAGUGUUGCGUCAAUGAGCCAUUGUUUUUUUUUUUUUUGUAUCAUGUAUUUUGUGAGGAGAUGAUAAAGUAGACAACUGUCUUUUGACAAGUGUUUUUAAUAUUUAAUGUAGGGCAUGUGAUAUCUUUGUAAAGUACCCUCGUUUUACAAGCAAUAAAAUGCAUGUUUAUA